CCCGAGGUUGUCGCGGUUGUCUGGCGGUUGUCCCCCGCGCUUUAGCGGGCCGUUCGAAUACACGUCCUUAUGACGGAGGUGGACGAUUGUGUACCUACGUGUUACAAGUGUUAUCGGGAUAAUAAUUUCUAUAGAAUAUUAGAGCGGUUGACCCGAGAAUGAAACGCGAUGAUUCUUUAAGGAGCAUCAGACGAUACUCGGGCCAGCGGCGGACGAGCGCGCAGGGGCCCGCACUCGGCAGCGGCUGGCGACAGAACUCGCUUACUAUCAGUGCUCUCGCCCAGCAGAACGCUUACUUGACUGAAAAGCUACAAGAAGAAGAACCGGAAUACGGUGAAGCAACAUCUUUUUCGCAAUUAUUCAGAUUCGCGAAACCAUGGGAGCUAUUCCUCCUCUUCAUAGGCAUCAUCAUGGCGACCCUGAACGGCUUGUCCGUGCCGGUUGGCGUCAUAGUGUACGGCGAGUUCACGUCGCUGCUCAUCGACCGGACCGUCAUGACCGGCACGUCGACCGCCACGUGGUCUAUUGCGCUCUUCGGCGGUGGACGAAUCCUCACGAAUGCGAGUCCUGAAGAGAACCGCAAGGCGCUGAUCGAGGACUCUCAGGCGUUCGGCAUCGGGUGCGCUACGUUCGCGUUACUACAGUUCGUCGUGGCGGCUAUAAGCGUCGAUCUUUUUAAUUACGUGGCGCUGAAACAGAUUGUCAGAGUGAAGGAGAAAUUCCUACGGGCUGUACUUCGCCAAGAUAUAUCUUGGUAUGACUUGAAUACGACCAUGAACUUUGCAACCAAAGUAUCAGACGAUGUAGAGAAAUACCGCGACGGCAUCGGCGAGAAGAUUCCCAUGCUGGUGUACCUGGUGAUGUCUUUUGUCACCGCCAUCAUCAUCUCGCUGUUCUACGGGUGGGAACUGACCCUCGUGGUGCUGUCCUGCACACCCAUCAUCAUUGUCACCACGGCGGUGGUCGCCAAGGUCCAAUCGUCCCUGACGACGCAAGAGUUGAAAGCCUACAGUGUGGCUGGUGUUAUUGCCGAAGAGGUGCUUUCGGCCAUUCGGACCGUCGUCGCUUUCGGGGGCGAAGCCAAGGAAAUAAAAAGAUAUGAGGUUCUCCUCGAACCAGCCAAAAAAACGGGAAUGAGGAAAGGCAUGUGGUCUGGCAUCGGCAGCGGGGUCAUGUGGCUGAUCAUAUACGCCACCUACGCCCUCUCGUUCUGGUAUGGCGUGUGGCUGAUAUUAGCGAGCAGGCUAGAACCGACGCCGACGUACACGCCUGCCGUGUUGAUGAUAAUAUUCUUCAGUAUUCUCCAAGGCGCUCAGAACGUGGGUCUGACCUCGCCCCACCUGGAAGCCAUCUCGACCGCCCGUUCCUCUGCCGGCUCCAUUUUCGAAGUCCUGGACAGAAAGCCGGUCAUAGACAGUCUCUCUACUGAAGGCGAUAAACCUGAGCUGGGUGGGGACUUGGAACUGAAAGAUGUAUAUUUUAGGUACCCCGCAAGAUCUGACGUCAGUGUCCUCAACGGGAUCAACCUAAAGAUCAACCCGAACGAGACCGUAGCGCUCGUCGGGUCCAGCGGCUGCGGCAAAUCCACGGUCCUGCAGCUUCUCCAGCGGAUGUACGACCCCGACGCAGGGUCCGUCACGGCUUCGGGACAUGACCUCAGGAAUAUCAACGUGAGGCACCUGAGGGACCAUAUCGCUGUGGUGGGACAGGAGCCGGUGCUGUUUGCGGGUACUAUUAUGGAGAAUAUAAGGAUGAGUAACCCCUCGUGUACGGACCAGGAAAUAUACGUCGCUGCAAAACAAGCAUACUGCCAUGCUUUUAUCAAGAAACUGCCGGACGGCUACAACACACUAAUCGGCGAAAGAGGCGCCCAGCUAUCCGGAGGCCAGAAGCAAAGGAUAGCCAUAGCCAGGGCGCUAGUGCGGAGGCCUAAGAUCCUGCUACUGGACGAGGCCACGUCGGCGCUGGACUCGCACAGCGAGGCCAAGGUCCAGCGCGCGCUGGACGCCGCGGCGCAUGGCCGGACCACCGUUAUGGUCAGCCACAGAUUGGCGACCGUCCUGAACGCGCACCGCAUCGUAUUUAUCGACAAAGGCGAGGUGGUGGAGGAAGGCACCCACGAAGAACUGUUGAAGCUGAAGGGCCGGUAUUACCAGCUGGUACUCAUGAACGAGCCUAGUAUGGCUGGUGCUGAGGAUCACACUGGAAAGGAACCGGGGAAACACGCCAAAGUCCGAAGACCAAAACUCGAGAAACUAGCAUCAGUGGAGUCCAUCCAAAGCACAGCUUCGCAAGACUCAGGGUCGGAAGACAGUCUGCCCCUGGACGAACAAGGCCCUAAAGAGUAUAAGCCUUCAACCUGGCAGAUCCUGAAGCUAUGUGAACCAGAGAAAUGGCUGAUGGUUGGUGGGAUAGUCGCGGCCAUUGCUGUUGGCUCGUCGUUCCCGAUGUUCGCUAUAUUGUUUGGUGAAACUUAUGGGUUGUUAGAAAGCACCAACGAGCGCUACGUGAUGAGUGAAACCAACAAGAUAGCGCUAAUGUUCAUCGGCGUGGGCGUCCUCACGGGCGUCGGCAUACACCUGCAGAUCUACAUCUUCAACCUGACCGGCGUGCGGCUCACUGCGCGGCUAAGGGUUGCAGCAUUUGCCGCUAUGUUAAAGCAGGAGAUUGGAUGGUUCGACGACCCGAUUAACGGCGUGGGCGCUUUGUGCGGGCGACUAGCCGGCGACGCCGCCGCCGUGCAAGGGGCAACCGGCACCCGAAUCGGCGCUCUAAUGCAAGCCGGCGCAACAAUAAUCAUCGGCAUCGCGCUCUCCAUGUACUUCACGUGGAAGAUGACCCUGGUCUCGCUGGUGUCAGUGCCCAUGGUCAUCGGCGCCGUGGUGCUGGAGGGCCGCGUGCUGGCCGAGGGUAUAGGCAUCAUGCUGAAGGCCUCGCACAAAGCUACCACUAUAGCGACGGAGGCCAUCUCUAACAUUAGAACAGUGUCGGCGUUCUGCGGCGAGGAAGGCGUGAUCCAGUGCUACGUGGAGGCGGGUCGGGAGGCAGCGAAGACUGCUAUUAAAAGUGUUCGCUGGCGAGGCUGUGUGUUCGCCUUCGGGCAGACCGCGCCCGUCGCCGGCUACGCUCUCUCGCUGUGGUACGGCGGCGUCCUUGUUGCCAACCACGAGGUGCCUUACAAGGAUGUCAUCAAGGUAUCAGAAGCCCUUGUGUUCGGGUCCUGGAUGAUGGGGCAGGCGCUGGCGUUCGCGCCCAACUUCGGAGCGGCUGUGCUGGCGGCCGGUCGAGUCUUCCAGCUGUUGGAUCGCAAGCCGCUUAUCGACAGCACACACGCUCCGUCCGUGCCUGAAGACUUUGUCGCAAAAGGAAAGAUUCAGUACAAGAACAUAAGGUUCCGCUACCCGACCCGUCUAGAGGUGGAAGUGUUGCGUGGACUCUCACUGGAGAUCCCUAGCGGCAAGAGGAUAGCGCUGGUGGGCCCGAGUGGCUGCGGCAAGUCUACGUUGAUGCAGCUGCUGCAGCGACUAUACGAUCCUGAGGACGGGAUGGUGUAUCUGGACGACUACAGCGUCACCGCAGACAUGCGCUUGUCCACUCUCCGCCGCAACCUCGGCAUCGUAUCGCAGGAGCCGGUCCUCUUCGACCGCACUAUAGCGGAGAACAUCGCGUAUGGAGACAAUACGAGGACAGUUCCGAUAGAACAGAUAGUGCAGGCAGCGAAGGAAGCUAACGUGCAUUCGUUUAUUGCUGCCCUGCCUAAGGGCUACGAAACCCGUAUUGGUGCCCGGGCUUCACACCUCUCCGGCGGUCAGAAGCAGAGGAUAGCCAUCGCCCGAGCACUGGUCCGCAACCCACGGGUCCUACUACUAGACGAGGCCACGUCAGCGCUUGAUACGCAUAGCGAAAAGAUUGUCCAAGAAGCCCUCGACAAAGCCAGCGAAGGUCGCACCUGCCUCAUCAUCGCUCACCGCCUCGCGACCAUCCAGAACGCGGACAUGAUCGUGGUGGUCGACCAGGGAGUGGUCGCGGAGAAGGGUACGCACAAGGAGCUGAUCGCGCUCAAGGGGAUCUACGCGCGGCUCUAUGAGCUGCAGGUCGGCAUCGUUGAGGAGAGCGAGGACAACUUACCUGUUGAAACUGCAUAGAAGAUAAG